AUGGCAUCGCCAAUAGUAUUCGUCACUGGCACUGAUACAGAUAUCGGUAAAACAUUCACGAGCGCUUUGCUCGCACAGAAAUGGAAAGCAAACUACUGGAAACCCGUUCAAACCGGACUUGACAGCGACCCCGGUGACACGAAAACAGUAGCGGGUUUUUGUAAAGACAGGAAGCAUAUGCCACAUUUCUUCAAUCCUCGGUACUCGCUCCAAAAACCGUUGUGUCCUCUUGAUGCCAUGCAUUUUGAGCCAGAAUAUGACAUCAAAUUGUCGGACUUCUCAGUACCAGAAGAACUUGCCGAUCAGCCUUUGAUCAUAGAAGGAGCCGGUGGUAUCUACGUUCCUAUUACUAAGAAGUUGGAAAUCACUACCCAUCUUAUCAAAAGACUGCAGGAAACAACUCAAAGGCCAAUCAAAAUUGUGGUCGUCGCUAGAAGUGGACUGGGAACCUUAAACCACACCUUGCUGACUUUAGAGCACUUAAACCGGGCGGGACUCAAGGAUCGGGUAGCAGGAUGCAUUCUGAACGGUCCGAAGAAUCCCCAAAACUCUGCAACGCUAAAAGCCUUCGGAGCAAGUAUUUUGGCGGAAGUAGACCACUGUGACAGCGAGAGCGACAUCACGGCGGCUAUAGCGGAGAUCCCUGAUCUAGCCACCCUUUUCCAAUAA